AUGCCCGAGCGGCAUAAUAUUGUUCAGGAGAAUGCAACUCCAACCGGCGCGUCAGCCUUUGUCUCUUCGGAGUUGCCAACGGUGGAAUCGAUAUUUACUCGGUCGAGGAAUUUGAGAGGCAAAGCCAGUCGUUCCUCUUCAUCUCUACGUGUUAUCCUGUCUGCCUUAGCCUCUGUAGCAGCAAUUGUAAUACUUGUUUUUUCAUGUUCGCACGCGUACAACAGACGUGCAGUCCAAGACUACCGAACCCGCAGGCUGGCCAACUCAGAAGACAGCGAUGCGGCAGUUGAUCUCUGCGGCGAAUUUGGUGGCCAGGAGGAGCAGCCACAGCGUGAGCGUCCCCGCCUUCCCAGCUUGCCUUCUGGCGAUGGCAGGGGGAUGCCCCAUAAAAAGCGGUUGCUGGAAAGGGUGGCUGCAGGCGCGACCGGUGGCAGUGCCCAUGAACGCCAGCAAGAAGGAAAACAGCACAGUCUCAGUGGAGCCGAGGCGCGACCGGUGGCAGUGCCCAUGAACGCCAGCAAGAAGGAAAACAGCACAGUCUCAGUGGAGCCGCUGAAGCUCAAUCCGGCUUACAAGCGCCUCAAGCUCUCCCAAAACAGGAAAAGCCUGGUCCCUCGGCGCUUCUCGUUGGCAGCCCACUGCCUUCAGCGCAAAAGAGGGCCCAAGGAGAGCUCGAUGCCGCCGCAGGACUGCUGA